AUGUCCGAUUCCGAGAAUAGUGGAUCAGAAAGUGAUUCAUCUGAUGAAGAAAAUAAUGACGAUUUUAUGUUAUUUCGAGACGAACAAGAGAUCGGACGACAACGAAUUUUGGCCAUGUUUGAAGAUGACGACGAUGAGAUUAAUUUUGAUGCGUACUGCUACAGAUUUGAAAUCUAUGUUGCUAAGAACAGUGUGUUUGAAGGGGAAAAUAUUGGGCUAACAACAGCUGUUGUUCUGAAUUUAACUAAAGGAAUUGAAAACAUGGGACACAUUUUGUACACGGACAAUUUUUAUACCAGCCCUAUCCUUGCGUAUAAUUUGAAAAGUCGUGGCAUUGGAAUUGUUGGAACGGUUCGUAAAAACAGGAAAGGUUACCCCAAGCAGCUUGCUGACGUCAAAGAUCGAGAUCUACGUAGGGGCGAGUGCAAGUGGAUGAUGUCUGAUGGUAUGUUGGCGUUGGUGUGGAAGGAUAAUCGGUUGGUCCACCUGCUUUCAACAGUUCACCAGCCGGAUAUAGAUGUUGUUUCGCGUCGAAACAAACAGGGAGUUUUGGAGGAUGUGCGAUGUCCACAACUGAUAAAGGACUACAACAGUAACAUGGGUGGUGUUGACAGGAAUGAUCAGAUGUGUCACUACAGCAAAUCUGCCAAGCAGUACAGAUGGUACAUGCGUCUUGUACUAAAGGGACUGUUGUGGUGUAUUUUCAAUGCAUACGUUAUUGAGGGCCACGUGAUCGAUCACAAACCUGGCAGGGGACGAGCACGUGAUUUUCAACAGUUCAUCGAUGAACUUGUUCAUUCUUUGGUUGGUGACAACAGAGCUAUUCGGAAAAAAAGGAAACGACCAAGUGUAGAUGUUGAGAUUCCUGAUCGUCUUCUGGAUAUUGGAACUCAUUUUCCGACAACCGAGGAUGUGGACAGUACAAACCACACCUGUGUUGUGUGUACAAAGAAACACCAUGUUUAUUCCAAUGCAAAUGGAGGAGUAUCAAGAAAAGACAAUCCUUGUAAAUUGACCAAGACAAUUUUUAAAUGCAGUGGUUGUGCCACUUACUUGUGUGUAAAGAAAGGUUCGACAUGUUUCCGAGAUUUCCAUACCAAAGUGGAAUAUUGGCGAUAG